AUGUAUACAUCGGGACUGAUCUUAAUAAGCUUUGCAAGCAUCGCUUCAGCAGUAGUAAUAGAUCAAACGCCAUUUUACAAAGAAGCUUUUCAAACUGGUGAUGGAGCCAGCUGGAGUACAGUCAAAACUUAUCAUCCACCAAGGACGCAACGAGUAUAUAAUAAUUAUGAUACAUAUGCCUACCCGAAAUAUGAAUUCGAGUAUGCUGUAUCAGAUGAGAAGACAGGUGAUCACAAACGUCAUCAUGAAGAACGCGAUGGUCACAGAGUGCGCGGUGAAUACAGUCUUGUUGAAGCAGAUGGGUCUUUGAGAGAAGUUCGAUACGACGCUGAUGAUUUUAAUGGAUUCAACGCGGUUGUAAGCAACAGCGUAUUAAAUCACGGCGACAACGCGUAUUCGACACAUGGACACACCCGUCAAUUUCUACCCAUUGGAAAAGAUAUCAAAAUAAAUUAUUUCUUCCCGAACAAAGAUCAAAAACAAAACAACAUUGACAUUGCAAGUGAAAUAAUUGAAAGUAAUCCAGUCACGGAAGCAGCGCAAUCUUCUGAAGAACCUGAAAAAGUUGAGAAGGCAGAGGAAGUUAACAAUCCCUUACCGCAGACUGAAUCUGUUAAAUCUAUUGAAUUUCCCAUUGUCAAAAUGGAAGCAAUCGAAAGUCCCAUCAAACUGGUUAAAACAAACACCGAUGUGGUAAUGCCUGAUAUUGUCCAGAUUCCUGAUUUAGAAAAGCCUUUAAAUGCUGAACACAACCUGAAAACAGAAUCUAAAGAACCGGAAAGUCAUGACUCCGAUGCUGCGUCUUCUUAUUACCAUUCCAGAAUAUAUUACGUUGGUUUUUAA